UUUCAGAAACGAAUCGAAUAUUUUUUUGAAUCGAAUUUCAAAUACUUGGAAGAUAUGUGAUUUAUUGUUAUGGAUCCUCCAGGCACAUAAAUUACUCGAACAAUUUGUUGAGUGUUCACACACCAUAAAAAUAUGUUAUUGAUAACUCUGUAAAAAAGAAAUCAUAUGACAGAAUUUAUUUUUAAAAUUAUGGCUUCAAUAAAAUAAUUGAGUGAUUCACCUCUUCCCUCGGCGGACAAAAUAACAAGAUGGCAAAAUUUUGCCUCAACCGGUUUGAAUCAUUUCCUAGAUGAUUGCAAAUGCCCAGCCGUUACUGAUAGUAGUAUAGUUGGAAAUCAUGGGGGGGAUAUAUGACUGGACAUUAGGAUAUGUUGAGCCUAUGGUUGGUGUUCGCAAGUGCAGAAAACAUGUAACUUUUCUACGGUGUGUAAUUUCAUUCAAAGAGAUUGGGUAGAUAUGGAUUGUGCAAGUUUUCAAAUUUGAAUAAAUGUAGUCCUUGGCAGUAAGAUAAUUUCGAUUUAGCACCAUUUAAUUUUUUCUUCUAUUCAAUUGCAGCCUUUUUUCAAUCCUUUUAAUUUUAUAUAAUUUUGCAUGUUCUUAUUUCAGUUCUUUAAUUUUGAUAAUUUGAUUAAAUCUUUGUGAUGAGUUUGUUGGUGCAAUAUUUUCUUCUCUGUAUACUUGUUAUAUCUUCCUCUGCGAAUUUAAAUUUGAAAGUGAUUGGACCGAAACCAAGUGACCAACAACCAGGAUCAAAAGGAUAUGACCAUGAUGCUUUUCUCGGAAAAGAAACAGCUAAAAAGUUUGAGGAGUUGUCCGGUGAAGAAAGCAGAAGAAGGCUUGGGAUUAUUUUUGAUAAGAUCGACACUGAUCAUGAUGGAAUAAUCAAUGAGGGAGAGAUGGAAAAAUGGAUCGGAAUUACACAAAAACGUCAUAUUGAAGAAGAUACUGAGAAGAAAAUGAAAAGAUAUGAUGUCGAUGGAGAUAGGAAAAUUAAAUGGGACGAAUAUUAUCGUACCACUUUUGGAGGUCUUAAAACCGAUGAAGAUUGGAAAUUUGGGGAAGAGGAGGGAUUCAGUUACAAAGACAUGCAUAAAAGAGAUAGGAAAAGAUGGGAGGUUGCUGACUUGGAUGAUGAUGAUCAUUGCACAAAGACUGAACUCACCGCAUUCAUUCAUCCUCAAGACUUUGAUCACAUGAGAGAAAUUGUUUUUGAAGAAACCAUGGCCGAUAUUGAUAGGAAUGGUGAUGGUUUCUUGGAUUUGGAAGAAUAUAUAAACGACGUCUACAAACCUGAGACAAAGGGAGAAGCAGAACCUGACUGGGUAGCAACAGAAAGAGAACAAUUUGUAAACCAGAGAGAUAAAGAUCAAGAUGGGAGACUUAACGAAGAAGAAGUUCGGGCCUGGAUCAUGCCCAGUGAUUACAAUUAUGCUCUGGCUGAAGCAAAACAUCUCAUUUAUGAAAGCGACAGUGAUCAGGAUGGCGUUUUAACGAAGCAGGAAGUCGUUGAUCACCACGAUGUCUUCGUUGGAUCUCAAGCAACACAAUGGGGAGAAAUAUUCAAUCGCCAUGAUGAGUUUUAGGUGUUGUCGACUGUCUAACCUUACUAUUAAAUCAAUACAACAUUUGCACACAAGUUUAAAUAUUCCAAAGAAGCAGUUUGAUGCAAUAAUUACAAUAUGAAGCAAUUUUUUAUCUGUUCAGUUCUUGCCUUUGAUGUACUUAAUGUAAGACAUAUAUGUGUUGAAUCAUAACUGUUAAAUCAAUCAUGUAUUUGAGCCCCGUUUCAAAAACUGUCAUUUUAUUUUUACCUAUUUUGGUAGAUUUACCACUGUAGUAUGUACAUUUUGAAGGUAUUUUUUCACUCAUUUUAAGUCGCGAAUAGUAUCUGGUGAUAGGUUGGUGAUUGCCAUAAUGCCUGUGAGGAUGGACAUGUAUGGAACGUUGUCAUGUACGAUUUGAUCAUUACUAUAUUUUGGUCAGUUGUUGUUAAAAAAGGCUGUCAACUUCCUCUACAUCAUAUAUUUGAUGUUUAAUGAAGUAUCCCAAUUACAAUUAGUGAUCUUUUCAUAUACCAUAAACUGUUAUGUUUCCAUAUGUCCAAUUUUUCUUCAAAAAGUCCAUAUUUUUUAAAAAGGUAUACAGUCACAAAGUCUCACUUGCAGUUAGUUUCUUGCUUUCUCAUUUCUUCAAUUGAUUAUUGUUGGUGUUCAUUACAAUCAUAUGUGGUAUAUCUAGGUAGGUUACAUUUUUCAUUUUAUUAGGAUUAGUUGCAAUAAAUUCAUCUUGUUAGCUUG